AUGCCAUCAGUUUCAUUUGCUUCAGAUACACUUAAUACAAAUGCUGGAGGAGUGGACACUGCUGCUCGUAAACCACCUGUUCCAACGGGCUAUCAUGUAUGUAAUGAUUCUCAGAGGUCAGGAAAUAAUGCAGAUCAUUCAAAUGAAACAUCACAACUACGUGUUCCAGCCUCAAUGCCGUCCCUGGCACGAGGGUUUUCGCUUGUACCUGAACGUUUGGGAAAGCGAGGAAGUUAUAAGCGACAAGGAAACAAAGGGAUGUUCGGCUGUGAAGCUGCUAUGCAACUAUUGGCAUAUCUGGCUGCUUUAUUAACCUUACCGUUCUCUCUCUUUAUGUGUCUCAAAGUUAUUGCACAGUAUGAAAGAGCUGUUGUAUUUCGUCUUGGACGUUUAGUAUCAGAAAUUCCUAAGGGACCUGGACUUGUGUUCAUAUUACCAUGCUUAGACAAUGUUAAAACAAUUGAUCUUCGUACGUUUACUUUUAAUGUACCAACCCAGGAGGUUUUAACAAAAGAUUCCGUCACUGUUGCUGUAGACGCUGUUGUUUAUUAUCGUAUUUUCGAUCCUGUUAUGUCAGUUGUGAAUGUGGAGGAUGCUAAUCGAUCUACACGACUACUUGCACAGACAACUUUAAGAAAUGUACUUGGUACAGUGGAUUUGUAUCAACUUUUAACAGCACGUGAGCAGAUUGCACAUUUAAUGCAGGACUGUCUAGAUACAGCUACAGAAACAUGGGGAGUCAAAGUUGAACGUGUGGAUAUAAAAGAUGUUCGUCUACCCAUUCAACUUCAACGUGCUAUGGCUGCCGAAGCAGAAGCUGCACGAGAAGCGAAAGCUAAAGUGAUUGCUGCUGAAGGUGAACAACGUGCAUCAGUAGCUCUAAAGGCUGCUGCAAUGGAAAUUGGUGAAUGUCCAAUUGCUCUUCAACUGCGUUAUCUACAAACUUUAAGUAGUAUCUCAGAUGAAAAGAAUUCUACUAUCAUUUUCCCACUACCAAUUGAUUUACUGAGUUUAUUUCAUCAAAACUUUGGUGGAAACAAUGGAAAUUCAUCUCCUAGGUAUGAUAAAUCACAAAACACAACAGAACGUGAAGAAACUAAGCGGGUGUCAGAACCUCCACCCCCACCACCACCACGAGAAGGACAACCUCAACUAGCUAGUCCACGUUUUUAUGCAACUAGUCAAAAAGCAGAGUCAGCUGAGGAAGAUUUAAUUUAA